AUGCCUGGCAAAGACGACGACCAGGAUCUGGCGGACCUGCUGCCAUCGAAUGGAACAGAUGUGGAAACCGUUCCUUUGACCAAGCCAAACCUUGAAAAUGGCAGCACGAUUCCCGCCAAGAAGGGGUUCCAGCCCUUUGGCGGUCUCUGUGGCAUCGUUUCGGCUCAUUUGUCCUACCUCUGUUUUGCCUAUCCUUCUGCGUGUGGCUGCUUUGCCUGUAUCAUUUCCUUGAUUCUGGUGGCCGUACUGGUCAUCAACAUGGUCAAUCCAACCAUGAAAUUCGGGGAGAUUCCACAUGAUUGGGCCACGGUCAAUUCGGCCUACGAAUUGGAUGUGUCCAAAAUCGAUCACUGGUGCUUGGGAGGUGGUAACGAAGGAUGUCGCUGUGAAGAUCCUCUGCAGCCAGCAUCGCGUGUGGAAUUGCGCAGUUGGACCGAAUCAUUCAAAGAAAACAAACAUCAAAUUGGAAAAUACAUGGACGAUCCACUCAUCAUGGCCGAUUUGGAUGUCGCCAUUGUUGGAGAAUCUGCUGUCGAAGAAAUGGAUGGACGAUGGAUGGGAAAGCGCCCGGAUGACGAGUUGCGCGCCAUUGGAACCAUCUUCAAAAAGCGAUUUGCCAAGGAAAAGGGAGCCAAAGUCGAAGGUAUUGCUUUGGGCGUGGCUGGUGAUUCGGCAAACAAUGUUCUUUGGCGAUUGAUGCACGGAGAAAUGCCUCCUGGCUUUGAACCAAAAAUCUGGUGGGUACAUGUUGGCAUGAAUGAUCUUACUCGGCAACAGUGUUCAGAAGAGGUGGUGGUCCUCGGAGUUUUGAGAGUUGUGGAAGAAAUACUCAACAAGCGGCCCAAUGCAAAAGUUGUUAUCAAUUCCCUCCUGCCCAUGGCCGAUCUUCGCGGUGGAACCAUUGUCACGGAAAAGGAUUACAGAGAUGCCUUUAACGACUAUAAAGGCAAGCGCGAAUCGCCUACGCGCACUGCCCACUAUGUCAAAAAGAACAUUGACGGCAGAGAACAGAUCCUUCCUGCUGCUUCUGUGCAGAAAGACGAAGACAAGAACAAAAAAAGAAAGAAGAAAAAGAACAAGGAGGAUCGCCAUCAUCACAAUCGCCAAUUGCUAGAAUACGCAUUGGAAGACUACGAUGCCGUCACUAACGAUAACAGUGAAUACAUUGAGAUGCUGCAACGGGAAUUGGAACAAGAUUGGUCCAGUAUGGUCGAAGAAGAUGCAGAGGACGGCAUGUUGUUCACGGAGGAGGAGGGAAGAACCUCCAGGGAGCUUGAUGACAAUCACAUGCACCGUAGGUUGGACGACAAAAAACGUCAGAUGGAUGAGAUUAGAAAGAGAAUCAAACGAGAGAAACGGGACAGGUACAAUCCAACCAUUGACCAAAUGAAAAGCAAGCAAAAGAAGUACAAUUUCUUCCGAAAUCGACGAAUGCCACUCUGGACUUCCAUCCACGCCAUCAACAGACAGCUGUUCAAGUUUUGCGAGAAGCAUGAAAGGGUUGUUUUCUUCGAUGCAACUAACAUCUUUGCCGAACGCCAGUCCGAUGGACGUGGAAAAUACUACACUCUGCUCAGCGACAACAUUAGUGCCCGUGGACAUCCCACUGAAGUUGGCUAUGCCAAGUGGGAGGAUGCCAUGGUCAAAAAAAUCAGAUAUCUUCUGGAUGAAAUGAGAAAGGAAAGCCCAGAGCUUUUUAUGGCAGCUCCCAAGCCACCAGCUGGAACAACCGGAGGCGGAGGUGGAGGUGGUUCUCGUACAGCAGAAGGAGAACGGUUGAAAAAGAAGCCGAUGGUGGACGAAAACCGUGGAAACGAAAUGGCUCCAGCGCAGCCUGAGGAACCCGAAAAUGAAAAUGGCGCUGCUGGUACGGAGGGAGACGAAACUGAUGUAAGCACUACACAGUUCCAAGAGGGGGCUGGCAUGCAGCAACAAAGUAUGACUGUUGAAAGGAUGCAACAACGACCUAAAACGCGACCGUCUGGUGGGUCUCCAAUGCUGGAUGGCCAAAGCUAUGAAACCGGUAGCGCUGGUACCGGCGGCACUGGUCAAGCCAGUGGGGUGCCAUCGUCACUCAAAAAGAAGAAAAAGAAGAAACUAGGCUCCGGCACCAGCACUCAAAUGGGCGGAUUGCCAAGUGAUUCUCGAAUGAGCGGCGGCCCCAUGCAGCCCGGCUUCGGGACGCAACCAGGAAGUUCUCAAAUGAGCGGCGGCCCCAUGCAGCCCGGCUUCGGGACGCAACCAGGAAGUUCUCGAACGAGUGGCGGCCCCAUGCAACCUGGCUACGGUACUCAACCAGGCAGCUCUCGAAUGAGCGGUGGCCCCAUGCAACCCGGCUACGGUACGCAACCAGGCAGCUCUCGAACGAGUGGCGGCCCCAUGCGCCCAGGCAGUGCUCAAUUUGGUGGCAGCCCGAUGAGUGGCGGCCAGAUGCAACCUGACAGUUCUCAAAUGACUGGUUUUCCCAACGAAGGAACAGCGAGUGGGCUCUCAACGAAAAAGAAGAAAAAGAAAUUUGGCACCGGUACCUCCUCGCUGAGUGGGAAGCCGAUGCAGGCGGGCAACCCUAAUGACGAAACAACAAUGCAAGGAAACUCAUAUGGAACUGCCUCACGGCCUCAGCAACCUUUCGCGCAAGGAGCCGGCAACACGCAGCUCGGAGUGGGUGCUGCGGAUGAAGAUGCAGCAGAUGAAGAGACCGUUGGAGGUGACGCCGAAGCCGGACAGGUACCGGAUGCAGAAGAUGACGGUGACGAUGACGGAACGGCUGCUGAGGAACGAACCGGUGGAAACACCGAAGAGGGAGUCGCCGGAGAGACUGCUGAGGAGGAAGAAGGCGACGAAGGUGAAGAGCCCGCGGAAGAGGAAGGAGGCGAUGAAGGUGAGCCCGCGGAAGAGGAAGGAGGCGAUGAAACUGGAGAAACUGCCGUGGAGGAGACAGGCGGCGAGGAAGGAGAGGAUGGCGAUGAGGACGGGGUGACAGAUGCAGGAGGUGAAAGUGAGGCAGGAGCUGUUGAAAUCCCCGCCGAAGAGGCUGAAGGAGGCACUGAAGAAGAAGGCGAUGAUGACACUGCGGAUGCAGAAUAG